AUGGGGGAGGGAGCUGGUGAAUUACUGGCAGGAGUCGGCCCCGGGUGGCAGGGAAGAUGGCAAAGGGCACACUGGGACCCGGACUAUGUGAAAGUAACCUGGCUGAGCCGGCUCAGUUCGGGGAAGCUGCAGGAGUUCGGAGUGGGGGAUGGCAGCAAGCUGACGCUGGUGCCCACCGUGGAGGCGGGCCUCAUGUCCCAGGCCUCCAGGCCAGAACAGUCUGUGAUGCAGGCCCUCGAGAGCUUGACCGAGACCCAGCCCCCAGCGGCGCCCGGGCCGGGCCGGGCUGGCGGAGGCGGCUUCCGGAAAUACCGAUUCAUUUUAUUUAAGCAUCCGUGGCACCGACAGGGACCCCAGAGCCCAGAGAGGGGCGGCGAGAGGCCCCAGGUUAGUGACUUCUUGUCCGGCCGUUCACCACUGACCCUGGCCUUGCGUGUCGGGGACCACAUGAUGUUCGUCCAGCUGCAGCUCGCCGCCCAGCAUGCCCCACUACAGCACCGCCACGUGCUGGCUGCUGCUGCUGCUGCAGCCACGGCCACCCGUGGAGACCCCAGCAUCGCCACCCCCGUGUCCUCCCCGUGCCGGCCACUGUCCAGCACUGCUCGAGUCCCCCCGGUGCCCACCAGCCCUGCCUCUGCGUCCCCUUCGCCUGUCACCGCCGGCUCCUUCCGGUCUCAUUCAGCUCCCACCACCUGCCAUGAGCAGAUGGACUGUUCCCCACCUGCCAGCACCAGUGCCAGCCCCACAUCCACCCCAGGGGGCAGCCCUGCUUCCCGAUCCCGAAAACCCGGCGCUGUCAUUGAGAGCUUCGUGAACCACGCCCCAGGGGUCUUCUCAGGGACUUUCUCCGGCACGCUGCACCCCAACUGCCAGGACAGUAGUGGACGGCCACGUCGGGACAUUGGCACCAUCCUGCAGAUCCUCAACGACCUCCUGAGCGCCACCAGGCACUACCAGGGCAUGCCCCCAUCCCUGACCCAGCUGCGCUGCCACGCCCAGUGUGCGCCCGCCUCGCCUGCCCCAGAUCUCUCCCCCAAAACUACCUCCUGCGAGAAGCUGGUAGCCACCACCCCGGCGUCACUGAGCCAGGUCCGCAUGUGCAAGCCCCCCCUGGGGGACCGGCUGCGUCAGACAGAGAACAGAGCCACCCGGUGCAAGGUGGAGCGCCUGCAGCUGCUGCUCCAGCAGAAGAGACUCCGCAGGAAGGCCCGGCGCGACGCCCGCGGCCCCUACCACUGGGCGCCCAGCCGCAAGGCGGGCCGCAGUGACAGCAAUGGCGGAGGGGGGGGCGGGGGCCCCGGCGAGGCAGCAGGCCUGGGCCUCGACUUCGAGGACUCCGUCUGGAAGCCGGAAGUCAACCCCGACAUCAAGUCUGAGUUCGUGGUGGCCUAGGAGCCGCGGUCCUCACUCCGGCCAGGGUGGCCGCCGGCUCGCCCCCGUGUGGGAGAGCGGCCGCCUCACGCUGGGGAACCCCUUCCCCAGCCUGCCUUUUUUUUUUUUUUUUUUUUUAAUUUCAAUUCUCACCAUGGUUUUCCAGACUCUCGGUGGACUUGGGCGCCUGCCUCCUUCCUCAGCUCAGUUACUGGCCUCUUCCUCCCCGGCCUGGUUCCUUUCCCUCCAUCCAUCCCUCAGUCUCUGAGCUGGGUCCUUCCCACCCACUUCCCAAGCUCCAAAUAUGUAGCAGUCUUCGCAGAUGGUUGUGCGCAGAGCCGAGGAAACCGCCCCCCACUCCCCUCUGCCUCCCUUCCCACCCUCUUCAGGUUUAAGUCAAAAAUGUAGAUCCACAUGAUGCACUUUACAGCCGAGGGGGCCUCGGAGAGAUCUGUGCACCCCAGGCCGCAGGACCCGCCCCAGCGACACGGACCACGGUGGCCCCCACAGGGGACAGCUGGGCCUUCCACCUCUGUCCUUUUUCUUCUCCUCUUGGUCUUUUUUCCGUUUUCCUUUUUUUCUGGAAAAGCAAAGCCGUUUCAAGGGAGAGGCUGGCACCACCUGCCUUGGGAUUUGGCCGGGUUGGCGGGAGGGAGGGUCCCACCUCCGGCCUUUGCCCACCACACACUGUGUGAUUUCCUCCGAUGCCACCUCCUGCCCCGCCCCGCCCCUUUUUUUCUGAGUUUGGAAUAUUUAUAGACUAUUAAUUUCUGACUGAGCCAAUAGUUGGUUGGGAAUCUCUUGAGAAAAAGUCGGGGGUGGGGGAAGAACCCCCCCCCCACCAUCCUUCCUGGCCCAACCUGAGGGAUCUGGGACCUUGGACUAUGUCUGGAGGGGGGGGGGGGCCCUCUGGCAGCCACAUUGGGGAGGGGGGUGCUGAGCUGUGAAUCCCCCAGCAGGGGCAAAGCUGUGUAGCAUUAACCCCCUUGCAGGGGAACGCUGCUGGUCUAAUUUGGACCCUCCCCACUCAUUCCCAAGGGGGCCACUGGCAGCCCCCCCGGGCCAUUUCAAUAGGGUGGAGUGGUUUUCCUUUCCUUUUUUUACUGAUAAUGGAGAUGUUUGGGCCCUGCCCUACCCGCCUGUCAGUCUCGUCCUGGUCCCCCCACCUACCUGCCCCACUCCCUCGUUUGCCGCUAGGUGAGCCGUCCUCACGCUUCCCUUAUGUGUUCAAGUUAAUGGUUUCAGAUGUGAACAUCACGUGUUAACUGUAGCUCUGUAAAUUUUUUUGGGGGGGUGGGCAGGGAGGGAAGGUCAGGGUAGGGAG